AUAAAUUCAAAAUUCAAAAAGAUUGACAUUACACAUUCACACAACAAAUCUCCUUCAUCUUCUUCCUCUGAAAGAAAAAAAGAUUCUUUCUCUGCAAAUUCACGUGCCCUGCCAUGGAGAAUUCCCGGCGCCGGCCGACCCGCCUGAACAAGUACGCCCUCCAGUGCGCGAUUCUCGCCUCCGCCAACUCAAUGCUCUUGGGCUAUGACAUCGGAGUGAUGAGCGGCGCGGCGCUGUUCAUCAAAGAGAAUUUGGGGAUCUCGUCGGUGCAGGAGGAGAUUCUGGUGGGUUCGCUGAACGUCUUUUCGUUGUUCGGGUCGCUGGCCGCCGGAAAGACGUCGGACUGGAUUGGCCGGCGGUACACCAUCAUUCUGGCGGCGGCUACUUUCCUGGUUGGGGCGAUUUUAAUGGGGUUAGCGCCGUCGUUCGCGUUCCUCGUCGCCGGAAGAAUCGUCGCCGGCGUCGGAGUCGGGUAUUCUCUGAUGAUUGCGCCUGUUUACACGGCGGAGGUCUCGCCGGCGCUGACCAGAGGGUUUCUCACCUCCCUGCCGGAGGUCUUCAUCAACGUCGGAAUUCUGAUCGGAUACGUCUCAAAUUACAGUCUAGGAGGUCUUUCUCCGAGAUACAACUGGCGGCUGAUGCUCGGCCUCGCCGGCGUCCCCGCCGUCGCCAUCGCCGCCGGCGUCCUCGCCAUGCCGGAGUCGCCGCGGUGGCUGGUGAUGAAAGGCCGGAUGGCGGACGCAAAAAACGUGUUGCUAAAAACAUCCGAAACCGAGGAGGAGGCGGAGGCGAGGCUGACGGAAAUCUCCGCCGCCGCCGCCUCCGGCGGCGGCGGCGGCGGGCCGUGGCGGGGGGAAGGCGUGUGGAAGGAGCUCCUCUGUCCAUCGCCGCCGCUGCGGCGGAUACUGGUGGCGGCGAUCGGAAUCAAUUUCUUUAUGCAAGCGUCGGGAAACGACGCCGUCGUCUACUACACGCCGGAGGUGUUCAAAGCCGCCGGAAUCCGCAGCCGGAAAGGCCUCGCCGGCGUGACAGUCCUAAUGGGCAUAGCCAAAACCUUCUUCGUCCUCGUCUCCGCCCUUUUCCUCGACCAGUACGGCCGCCGCCCGUUGCUUCUCCUCGGCACCGCCGGGAUGGCGGUUUCCCUCGCCGGGCUCGGGCUCGGGUCGAGAUUCCUGGGGCGGCGCCGCCGCAAGCCGGCGUGGGCGAUAGCCCUGUGCGUGCUGACGGUGUGCGCCGACGUGUCGUUUUUCUCGAUCGGGCUCGGGCCGAUCACGUGGGUUUACUCGUCGGAGAUAUUUCCGAUGCGGGUUCGGGCCCAGGGGACGAGCUUGGCGGUGUCGGUGAACCGCCUGGUGAGCGGCGCGGUUUCGAUGUCGUUUCUGAGCAUUUCGGAGAAGAUUACGUUCGGCGGCACGUUUUUUGUGCUGUCGGGGAUGAUGGCGGCGGCGACCAUUUUCUUCUACCUGAUGCUGCCGGAGACGAGGGGGAAGAGCCUCGAGGAGAUAUCGGAGCUCUUCGAUAAUCGGAGUUCCGGCAAGACCGCCACUGCGGAGGCGGACUGAUCGGAAUUAUUUCCGGCGAGACAGCCGUGGCGGAGAUUGAUCAGAAAUUUGGUAAUUCUAUUCACUAUAUUUAAUAUUUGUUUAUAUUUUUUAUUUGAAAAAUAUCUUUUUUGUUUAUUUGUUUGUUUUCUGAGUUGUACAAAUAUUAGAGCCUUUUCGGUUAAGCGGUGACAGUGGGAUUUAUCAUCAA